UUUACGUUGAAAACUAUGGGGGCGGCAACACGCAUGCGUCAAGCGCACAGGAAAGGUAUAAGGGGAAGAAGAAGAAACUCUUCUUGUCGGAUUCCUCCCUUGCAAACGGGUAGCUUUGCUUCAGCACUUAAGUUUCUCCACUUGUCGGCAGCAAGGUUUUACACCAUGUCCAUUCUCAAGAUCCAUGCCCGAGAGAUCUUUGAUUCUCGUGGAAACCCCACUGUAGAGGUCGACCUUUACACUGACAACGGUUUGUUUAGGGCAGCUGUACCAAGUGGUGCAUCUACUGGAAUCUAUGAAGCCUUGGAGCUCAGAGACAAUGACAAGUCUCGCUACCUUGGGAAAGGUUUGUACACAAUUUCUGUUCCUUUUUAACAUGAAACAAUUAGUUAAU